AGUAUUGGGCACUGUUGUGUUUGUCUGCCUGAGAUGAUAUAUUUCCAUCAAUUCACCAAAUUAAAAACUGAAAGAAACUGCACUCUUCAUAUUUUAGUUUGUCUCCUAUAUCUUACAAUAUUGACCAAAGGGAAAUGUGAAAUAGGAAGCCAAUCUGGACUGGCCAAAAAAUAGAACACCCUUGGAACAUUCCUGUCUCCUGGCUUGAGCAGUGCCAGUGUGAACCUGUACCCCCGACAUGUGUCCCUACAUCUAAUAACUAUCACAAGGACUGGCUGAUUGGGAGGUCAUAUCAGUGUCAUCAGAGAAGAUACCAGGCGUGGCGGCAGGGCCAGUCAGCCAGUUACGACCAGCCAGUGAGCCACGAGCCAGCACACUUACAGACACACAUACACAUGCAAGUACAGACGGACGGGACCUAGACACAGACAGCCACACACAGGUUCAUCCAGUCACCAUGGAGACCUCCAUGUUGGUCAGUCUGACGAUGCUGGUCAGCAUCCUGCUGUUCCCUGCCAGUCACGCCCAGUGUCCUAGCGUCUGCAGCUGUAACGACGCCCUCACAAGCAUACAGUGCAGAGAUCGGGACCUGUUCCACCUGCCUGAGCUGCCCGCGGCGAAGGUGCAUCACCUCAACGUGUCCAACAACAUCCUGGGCCCUGUCCUCACCAUCUCCUUCAGCUCCUUCACCAGGCUCACCCAUCUCGACCUCUCCACCAAUCUUAUCUCCUUCAUCAGCAACGACACAUUCCGUGGCCUGGGAUCCCUGACCCAUCUCGACCUCAGCAGCAACAACCUGAAAGUGUUGGAGGCAGACGUGUUUCAGGGACUUCAUCGGCUGCAGGUGCUCCACCUCAGCAACAACCGCAUUGACACCAUGGACGGAGCAUUCUACCGCCAUCUGUCCAACCUCAGAGAACUCUAUCUCAGUAGGAACAACUUCUUCCAGCUGAAGCUUGGUUUGAGAUUCCAGGUUCUCAACCAACUGCAGGUUCUUGAUCUCUCUCAUAAUGACUUUGCUGACAUUACAAAUGAUGCUUUUGAUAAUGUUCACAGCUGGACAAAUACUGUAAAAAGAAAACUCAGCUUGUCUCACUGUCAAAUCACAUCUGUUGAAAACGGAACUUUUAUACAGUUCCGAGGACUGAAUGACCUUGACCUCUCGGGGGUGACCACAUUGACCUCUGAAAACAUCUCCAUCAUCAUGCAGGACCUCAAACACUCUAACACCAAGCGACUUAACCUGGCAUCAAUGAACCUCGCCAACAUCGACAUGAUCUUUGCCAACUCACCCAAGCUGUCCCUACACUAUCUUAACCUCUCCAACAACAAACUAGAAAACAUAUCAGCUACAGCCUUUGCCAAUGUAGGCUCACUUCAGCAACUAGACAUCAGCCACAACAACAUGCAGGUAUUGCAGCCCUCCUUCACAAGGCUUAACAACCUAAAGACUCUGGACAUUUCUCACAAUGAGCUCAAGUCCUUUGAUGGGCCUGCAGUUGCCCAGCUAACCAGCCUGGAGACUCUCACAGCCAGCCAUAACAGGUUUGAUGACAGGUCACAGCUGAAGCUUAACCCUAUGCAGCAGCUCAAGGUCCUCGAUCUCAGCUUCAACACUCUGGAUGAUCUGAUAACCACUGGUAAUACCAUCAAACUGGAAGAACUAGUUCUGGCAGGAAAUAACAUCUCCAGUCUCGACAUGAUACCGCAGGCAGAUAACCUUCGUGUCCUGGAUGUCAGCCAGAACAAGAUCACCGUUCUCGGACCCUACAUAUUCUCAUCAGCUGUCAAGUUAGAGAAAGUGGAUUUUAGUCGCAACCUGAUCUCAGUGAUCAGUCACAUGGUAUUCCUCCCCAACACCUCCCAUCCCUACAUCAUAAAUCUGUCAGGGAACCAGCUGACCACACUGUGGUUCGGUGGAUGGUCCAGAGCUCAAGUUCUAGAUCUCUCCAACAAUCAGAUAUCUGAAGUUGACUACAAUGCCUUCCAGAGUAUGAGUGACCUGGAAGUGUUAGACCUGUCUUUCAAUUCCAUCACAGGUUUCCAUGACUACACCUUCAGAGACCUUCUGAAUCUGCACACUCUUAUUGUGUCAAACAACUCUCUGGAAAACCACAAUCCCAACCAGAAAUUCAAAUAUACUUUCAAUGGUCUUGGUUCUCUGAAAACACUUGACCUGAGUUCUAACAGCAUCACACAUCUGGAAGAAAGCACUUUUGACAAAAAUCCUGCACUGGUCAACAUAUCUCUUGCUAGUAACCAGCUUUCAAAUAUUUCUCCAUUUGUGUUCAAAGACUUGAAAGAGUUGCAAAACCUCCGCUUAUCUGGCAACCCAUUCCUCUGUGACUGUGCUCUGCUUCCACUGGUGACCUGGCUGACUGAGAUCAAUCCCCACAUCUACGGAAAGUCGUCUUCCGCCUUUGUGUGUGGAUCUCCCUACAGUAGGAGAGGGUUGAGCAUAUUUGACUACGAGGUGACUGUCCUUGAGUGCAAUGAAGGCCUUCUACACUUCAUUGUCUUCGGCUCCCUGGGACUAUUGAUGAUCUUUGUCGGAGUAGUGGGGACCAUUGUUUGUCGGUGCUACCACAAGGGGAGGGUGAUUAUGAAAUCAAAGAUACGUGAUGAGAAGAUAAAGGAAGACGUCAAGGUGAACCAUGUGAGGAAAGCUAAGAAGGACAUGCCCAUGGAGAUACUGGAUGAGCUGGACCACCAUCUCAAGAUGAAGCUGUGGAGCAGCAAACACAAGGGUCUCAGUCAUGUUCCAAACGGUGUUCUGAAACAGAGCAAGACUGAAGAGCCAAAGUCUCACAAGGUCAAAGAAUCUAAGGACAGAGGGAGAAAGGAAAAGAAAGACUCUUCAAGGUCAAGGUCAAAGUCUCAAGAUAGGAAGUCCUCCAAAUCCCGAUCCAAAAGUCGUGACAGGAACAGAUCCCACAGCAAAACUGACAAGAGAACCAAGGAGGAAAAAGAGCGACUCCGACGCUACGAGAAGCAGCUGCUGUUUACACUGGCCCGGUACAACCCAACCAGUCGGUGGGAUUCCGAGGGAAGGGACAGGUGGGCAACGCUUGGACAAAUGGACCUGGGGAACAGGAGAGACUACGAUCCCCAGAGAGCAGAUAUGUUCUAUACCAUGCCCUCUCACCGACGUCAGACUCUGCUAGACGACCGGCGGCAUCGCCAGCCCCCUCAUCGACGUCAUCAACAGACUCUGCUGGAUGACCGGGAGCUCGGCCGGAGUGAGUACAGUCAAAUCAACCGACAAGGCAGACUUGCACCAUCUCACAGGAGAACAGCUAAACCUAGACCCUAUGCACAGGAUGAUCUUGGCAUGAGGAGAGUGUCCCCGUCACACCGAUAUGACAUUGUGCGAGGACGUCGGGGAGGCGAGGAAGACUGCAGGAGACAGACACAGAGGCUGCCAGACAGGUACCACUCCGAACCCUAUGUCCAUUUUCUGAAGGACAGACAACAUGACGGCUAUCAGUCUCAGAAACAUGACCGUCACACUGAACCCAGGUCAAGGGGAGAUAAGCGUGGGUAUGAUGUGAUGACCUUGGAGAAGGCAAAUGCUGCUGAAGGUGCCAGGCAGUCCCGAGGCACAGAAAGAGAAUAUGUUGAGCUGCCAUUCCCCGACACCCGAGGCCGGCCAGGACACGAGGAAAUCAUCAUCCAGCCGCAGAGGAGCAAGAGCUAUGGUGACAUUGAUUUCCAUUCGAAGAAGAGAAGAUUUGAGCAUGAUGCAGACAACUUAUUACACAAACAGAGGGAGCGAGACACAGAGCGCUCCCAGCAAGGGAGGGACACCCAAGAAGCGGCUCAGGUUAGGUUAAGUUCUCACUAUAGGUCAGAGCCUGCCAUUAGUGAAGUGAAAGUGGAAAUUCAUCAGGAAGAUCCAAGGAGAACCCCAGAGCCAGAUUAUCCCUCCGACAAUCCAAAAUUGUCUGACUGGGUUUGACACUGCGACCGUCACAAAGUGUGAAUAUAACAUCCUGACCAGACAGUAACCAUCUAGGAAAGUGUGACAUAUAUGUGAAAUGAAGACCUUGUUGGCCAUGUUUGGUGUGAAAUGAAGACCUUGUUGGCCAUGUUUGGUGUGAAAUGAAGACCUUGUUGGCCAUGUUUGGUGUGAAAUGAAGACCUUGUUGGCCAUGUUUGGUGUGAAAUGAAGACCUUGUUGGCCAUGUUUGGUGUGACAAUGAAGACUUGUUUGACAUAUCUGGUGUGACAACGAAGACUUGUUUGACAUAUCUGGUGUGACAACGAAGAAUUGAUUGGCAUGUUUAGUGUGAAAACGAAGACUUGUUUUGGCAUGUUUAGUGUGAAAAUGGAGACUUUUGGGCAUAUCUGAUUUGACAACGAAGAUUUGUUUGGCAUGUUUGGUUUGUCAUAUUGACUGGACAGUUAAGUAGGAAUCCUACCUGUGUAGAUGAAUGCUAUGUGUGUAAUAUGUGUGUAAUAUGUGUUUGUUUUGUUCUUCCUGAUGUACAGAUUGUGAGUGUAUAUCUUCUCCAUAAGCAUACACAACGGUAUGACUGUACACAUACAAACAUGUGAUAUCAGAUAUAUACAAUACACUCAAUACAUGUGGUAUCAGAUAUAUACAAUACACUCAAUACAUGUGGUAUCAAACAUACAAUACAGUCAAUAUAUGUGGUAUCGGACAUAUACAAUACACUCAAUACAUGUGGUAUCAGACAUACAAUACAGUCAAUACAUGUGGUAUCAGACAUACAAUACAGUCAAUACAUGUGGUAUCAGACAUACAAUACAGUCAAUACAUGUGGUAUCAGAUAUAUACAAUACAGUCAAUACAUGUGGUAUCAGACAUACAAUACAGUCAAUACAUGUGGGAUCAGAUAUAUACAAUACAGUCAAUACAUGUGUUAUCAGACAUACAAUACGCUCAAUACAUGUGGUAUCAGACACACAAUACACUCAAUACAUGUGACAUUAGGCACAUAAUGCACUCAAUACAUGUGACAUCAGACAUAUAAUGCACUCAAUACAUGUGACAUCUGACACACAAUGCACCCAAUACAUGUGACAUCAGACAAACAAUACAUGUGACAUCAGACACACAAUACAUGUGACAUCUGACACACAAUGCACCCAAUACAUGUGACAUCAGACAAACAAUACAUGUGACAUCAGACACACAAUACAUGUGACAUCAGACAAACAAUACAUGUGACAUCAGACACACAAUACAUGUGACAUCAGACACACAAUGCACCCAAUACAUGUGACAUCAGACAAACAAUACAUGUGACAUCAGACACACAAUACAUGUGACAUCAGACAAACAAUACAUGUGACAUCAGACACACAAUACAUGUGACAUCAGACACACAAUACAUGUGACAUCUGACACACAAUACAUGUGACAUCAGACACACAAUGCACCCAAUACAUGUGACAUCAGACACACAAUACAUGUGACAUCAGACACACAAUACAUGUGACAUCAGACACACAAUACAUGUGACAUCAGACACACAAUACAUGUGACAUCAAACACACAAUGCACCCAAUACAUGUGACAUCAGACACACAAUACAUGUGACAUCAGACACACAACACAUGUGACAUCAGACAAACAAUGCAUGUGACAUCAGACAAACAAUACAUGUGACAUCAGACACACAAUACAUUUGACAUCAGACACAAUACAUGUGACAUCAGACACACAAUACAUGUGACAUCAGACACACAUUGCACUUGAUUCAUGAACAGAGCAAGCAGUGGUGAGUGGAUCUAGGUGAACUCAACAUUGAGAUGUUCGUCCUUCAGUGAGUGUGGGGUGUGAGUAGGGGUGAAACGAUACAGCUAGGUUACGAAUCGAUACAUAUUAUGUUGCAUAGGUCAUGAUAUGAUACGUAUCGUAAUGCGAAUAUUUACGUCAAAUCGUGUGGAAAUCUCUUACUAUAAAUACUUCUGAGCAGUAUCAAAAGGAAAAGCUAGUUGUAGCCACAUGUUUGUAGCGGCUAUUAUUAGUAGUGAACUUAAAACUCGAAUUCCAACACAUUUUGCGAUAUUUUACUGACAAAAACUCUGAGGUCAUAAAACAAGUAGUAAGUAAUUUCUUUAACAAGUGUAUCGUCUUGUAUCAAUACAGAAAAAACGUACCGUGUAUCGUAUCAUCGCACCAGUGCACCGAUGUAUUGUUCACCUGUGGGUGUGAGCAAGCUGGAGGGGAUGCUGUAGGGGAUGCUGUAUAUAGCUGCAUGUAUAAACUGGACACUCAUAACCAUUCCUGUAGUACACAUGUAUUUCCUGGUAUCAGUAGUAAACAUAUAAGGUUCA